AUGCCCAACUCAAAAACUCUCAUUAAAAAGAAGAGCACAAGGGAGGAAACGAUUCAAAAAGUAGAUCCAAACGAGUUGGCAGGAUUCUAUUGUAGUGUUUGUGAUCGAAGCUUUAAAGAUUCUGCUAGCUAUGUUGACCAUUGUAAUUCAAAGCCUCACUUGUCUAGAUUAGGAAUGACUAAUAGAGCUGUUAAAGCAUCUGCAGAUGACGUGAAAAGAAAACUGCAAGAAAUUAUUGAUGCCAAAAAGUAUGAGCAAGGAAGAUCUCCUCAUUCUGUAUCAUCGCUGACAGCUUUGGCAUUGAGCCGGCUUAAAAGCUCCAAGAAUAAUGGAACCGAUGAGGUAAACAAAAAGUAG